AUGCUGCGUUUUUCCGACUGCGAGAAUCAAUCAGCCUGUGGGUACGCUGAAUACUCAAGUCCACGCAAGCCUGAAGAGCGGUUAACUGCCGUUGCGACAUCGCUGCUCUGUGAAGCAUCAGUAAGUGCACGCACUGUCUGUGGAGGAAUAACAUUCCUCAUUCAAUCUCUCUUGAAAAACUGGCAAGCAGCCGGCUUUGAUCUGGACGGGCUCAUUGAUUUUGGUCACCCCAUGGACAAGGAAUGGUUCCUGAAGGCAUUAUUACUGCAAGUAUCACGUGAUUGUGCUGCAUAUGAGUGUGUGAGAAAUGAUGAAGCGUGGCUCAAUCUUGUAUCAUCGUUUUACUCUCUCGACGAAGGUUGGAAAUGGGAUAUACGUUGUUUAGCCGCCCUUGCUUACAUGGGAACGAACGCCACCAGUGAAAUCAUGCGAAUAAAGCUGGCCACUAUGUCAAAUGGGAAACUGUUACCCUUCUGGAGCGCUGGCCAUUACCCACUGUUGAAGUCUAAAACAAGCAGUUUUGAUGAGGCCAGUGGAGCACGGAAACUGAAGAGUGGAGAUGUUCUGGUGAACGCUUUGGGUAUUCUUGCGUUCGUUUCACCAGGAGCUGAGCGUCAAAAUGUGGACUGGGAUCCAUUAGCGAUUUGGCUAUAUGAGCAACAGCUACAAGACGGGACUUUCGAGAAUGCGAUUGACACGUAUUUUGCCUCACGAGCGCUUUUUGAGUACCGCUACCGCAAGAUUGACGUAAACAAGUCGAACGAUCUCAGCAUCACCAUGAGCUGCCCGACAUGUGACACCUAUAAAGUGAACAUUACAGGAUCAGCUGCUGAAAUCCACUUACCGACUCACAUCCGAAAUAUAACGAUGGAAAGCAGGGGUCAUGGGAAGGCGAAUGUUGGAUUUCGAAUAUUAGCACGCAAACGUCAGCGGUCCAGACGUGGGCUCACGCACGACGAUUACUACUACUGCCUGUUCUUACCGACUCACAUCCGAAAUAUAACGAUGGAAAGCAGGGGUCAUGGGAAGGCGAAUGUUGGAUUUCGAAUAUUAGCACGCAAACGUCAGCGGUCCAGACGUGGGCUCACGCACGACGAUUACUACCCUGUUCGUAUAACGGUGCUUCAGGAACGGAUUUCUCGAGGGACACUUCAUCAGACAGUGUGUCUGCGGGCGUUGUCGCCAUUUGUAACGACAGCCGAAAUCACUCAUGGCCUCUAUACUGGCUUCUCUACAUCCCUUGAUAGCAUUGCAAUACUUCCGAACUCCACUUCUCUAUCAUUCGUCACUCUUCCGACGGUGUCUACAUUCGCCAUGCACUUUGUAGUGGAAGGGCUUCGUCGAGGUGAAGCCCUGUGCUAUGUUCUUGGCAUCACGGAGCCAAGGCACAAUUAUGAACCAUUUCAUCUUGCCCCAGUUGCAAUUUCGGCACGCCAUCCAACUGAAGAUCUAGUCGGACUCGCGCUCAUUUUCCAUCCAGACCAGGAUUCGCGAUCAAGAAGAACAAGGAGAAGUGCAGAGCACUUUUAUAAGGAGUCGUCAAACAGUGUUCUAAAACGAGUGCGAAGGGAAAUGCUCGACGACUCGAUUGAUACAGUUUGUGGUGUGAAAUGUGGUAUCUGCCCACGAGACAAUGCAGCUGAUCUCGAAGUAUUGAUGUCGAAAGAGGAUUCUUUUGGUGCUCUACUACGUGUGAUCGAUUCACAAAAAGUUCUGGUUGGUAACUCUUUCUAUACACAUAUAAGCACAGAAGUUAGAGAAAAAAGCGGACGAGCAAAAGUGGAGAUCUCAGAUAAACUAGAUAUUUGGCUACGGGAUUGCAAUCCACGGUGUAAAGCAACCACACCAACAAUACAAGAUAGAUUUUUUAUAAUUGGAGAAGCAGGCGCAGUUUCACUUGAUACCUCAGGAAGGCAACAUUAUGUCUUGCGGAAUACUGAUCGGUUCGAAAAAGUUACUUCUGAUUGUGGUGUACUAGCCAAUGCAAUAAUUCUUGGCUGA